GGACUGGUACCGACUUUUCGUAAGUUCGUCCGACCAGUGGGGUUGGUUCUUCCACGUACGGUGAUCCAUUUGUCGUCGCUGUUCCCUCGUUCUCUGUGAUCGAUGAUGGGCGGAAUUUUCGCGUAUCUGAAUUAUCUGACGCCAAAGAGCAGAAGGGAGAUCCUCGAGCUAUUGGUCGGCGGACUGAAGAGAUUGGAGUAUCGUGGCUAUGAUUCAGCCGGCGUCGCCCUUGACAGCGCCGAUGGCAAGGAUAUCUCGAUUAUUAAGAAGCAGGGAAAGGUCAAGGCUCUCGAGGAAGAAAUCUUUCAUCGAACGAACGGCGAUUUCGAAUCGAAGACCUACAGCCAUGUCGGUAUCGCCCAUACUCGUUGGGCUACCCAUGGUGUCCCAUCAGAAGUGAAUUCUCACCCUCAGAGGUCUGACAGCGAUCACGCGUUCGUUGUAGUUCACAAUGGUAUCGUGACGAAUUACAAAGAGGUGAAGACGCUGCUUCAGCAGCGGGGCUACAGUUUCGAGAGUGAAACCGACACGGAAGUAAUCGCGAAGCUCAUCCACCAUCUCUGGGUACAGCAUCCGGCUUACUCGUUUCGCGAGCUGGUCGAGCAAGUUGUUCAACAGUUGGAAGGUGCAUUUGCUCUUUGCUUCAAGAGCAAAUACUUCCUGGGAGAAUGCGUGGCAACGAGAAGAGGAUCUCCGCUUCUCGUGGGUAUUAAAACGAAAACGAGAUUGGCCACCGAUCACGUGCCCAUCCUUUAUGGGAAAGAUGAACUUCCAUGCGUAAACAAAGAUCAUCGACCGCACGGAAGGAGCGCGGAUCUUCCGGUGAUGCCGCGAAGCGAGAGCACCUCCGAAUUUCAACCGUUGGAGGACAAGGAAGUAGAGUAUUUCUUCGCGUCUGACGCUAGUGCUGUGAUCGAACACACCAAUCGUGUCAUGUUUCUGGAGGACGACGACGUGGCUGCGGUGAAAGAAGGUGCUCUCAGUAUCCAUCGACUUCGUCGAUGCAUGGACGAUCCUCAUGCAAGAGAAAUCACCACGUUGAAAAUGGAGAUUCAGCAGAUCAUGAAGGGUAACUACGAGUAUUUCAUGCAGAAGGAAAUUUUCGAACAGCCUGAAUCGGUGGUGAACACCAUGAGGGGUCGUCUGAACUUCACGGAUAAUUCUGUCACGUUGGGAGGCAUUAAGGAGUAUAUUCCUGAGAUCAAGAGGUGCAGACGUUUGAUGCUGAUUGGCUGUGGAACCAGUUACCAUUCUGCCAUUGCUACAAGACAGCUUCUGGAAGAGCUAACUGAACUACCAGUUAUGGUUGAAUUAGCUUCUGAUUUCUUGGAUAGAAACACACCAGUAUACAGGGAUGAUGUCUGCUUCUUUAUUUCACAGUCAGGCGAGACAGCAGACACGUUGAUGGCUUUGCGUUAUUGCAAGAAGCGUGGUGCUUUAAUUGUUGGUAUCACUAAUACCGUGGGCAGCAGCAUUUGUCGCGAAUCACACUGUGGUGUUCACAUAAACGCCGGUCCUGAGAUUGGUGUGGCCAGCACAAAGGCGUAUACCUCACAGUUUAUUUCUCUUGUUAUGUUCGCUUUGGUUAUGAGCGAGGAUAGAAUCUCCCUUGGUAACAGGCGCCAAGAGAUUAUCAAUGGACUGAAGAAUUUGGAUAGUCUAAUUCGUAAAGUGUUACAACUCGACGAGAAAGUCAAAGAACUGGCCAAGUCUCUGUUCCAGCACAAGUCUUUGUUAAUUAUGGGUAGAGGAUACAACUUUGCUACGUGUAUGGAAGGCGCUCUAAAAGUUAAAGAGCUGACGUACAUGCACAGCGAAGGUAUCAUGGCAGGUGAAUUGAAACACGGACCUCUGGCACUCGUCGACGAUUCUAUGCCUGUUAUAAUGAUCGUCAUGAGGGAUCCAGUCCACACGAAAUGCAUGAAUGCUCUGCAACAAGUUACAGCCAGAGACGGCAAACCGAUUGUUAUCUGCGAGGAGGGAGACGAAGAGACGAAAACGUUCGCCGACAGAGUUCUCGAAGUGCCUAAGACAGUGGACUGCCUUCAAGGAAUACUCACAGUCAUUCCAAUGCAACUGCUAUCUUUCCAUAUCGCGGUUCUUCGCGGUUGUAACGUCGAUUGUCCGAGGAAUCUCGCGAAGUCGGUCACGGUCGAGUAA